AUGGCCCCCUCAAAGCGAGCUAGCAGCUCCGCCGCAUCCUCAGGCUAUGUUGAGAACCAUUCCAAGGGACCCAUGCUGCGAUGGCAAGACUCCCUUCCUCAAUUGCCCGUCCCAACACUUGAGGAGACUGCGAAGCGUUAUCUCAAGUCGCUCCACCCCUUGCUAUCUGCCAGCGAGUACGAGGCGAGCAAGAAGGCCGUCGAGGAGUUUGUCCGCCCUGGUGGUGUUGGCUCCAAGCUUCAGGAGAAGUUGGUGGCCAAGCGCGAGGACCCCAAUACCAAGAACUGGAUUUACGAGUGGUGGAACGAUGCGGCCUAUCUCUCAUACCGCGAUCCCGUCGUCCCCUACGUCAGCUACUUCUACUCUCACAGGGACGACCGACGAAGAAGAGACCCCGCUAAGCGAGCUGCUGCCAUCACAACCUCUGCCCUCGAGUUCAAGAAGCAGGUUGACGCCGGCACCCUUGAGCCAGAGUACAUGAAGAAGUUGCCUAUCUGUAUGGAUAGCUACAAGUGGAUGUUCAACGCUUCUCGUGUUGCGGCUAAGCCAGCCGACUACCCUGUUAAGUUCUCAGCUGAGGAAAACAAGCACAUUAUUGCUAUUCGCAAGAACCAGUUCUUCAAGAUCCAACACGAGGUUAAUGGAAAGCAGCUCAACACUUCAGAGCUUGAGCAGCAAUUCAAGCGUGUCUAUGAGCUUGCCCAGCGUGUUCCUGCUGUUGGCGCUCUUACUUCAGAGAACAGAGAUGUCUGGACUGACGCUCGUGACAUUUUGCUCAAGGCCAGCCCCAAGAACAAGGACGCUCUCGAGGCUAUUGAGUCGUCCUCUUUCGUGGUUUGCCUUGACGAUGCGGCUCCAGUCACACUCGAGGAGCGUGCUCACCAAUACUGGCACGGUGAUGGUGCUAACCGCUGGUACGACAAGCCUCUGCAGUUCAUUGUCAACGACAAUGGCACUUCUGGCUUCAUGGGCGAGCACUCCAUGAUGGACGGUACUCCCACUCAUCGCCUCAACGACUACGUCAACGACCUCAUCUUUGGAAAUAAGCUUGAUUUCUCGGAUCCCAGCAUCCGAUCCAACUUGCCGGAACCACAAGUCCUCAAGUUCGAUAUCACAAAAGAAGUACAGAGCGAGAUUGAUCGUGCAACCAAGGACUUCAACGAUGUCAUCAGCAAGCACCAGCUCGCCGUUCAGGCCUAUCAGGGCUACGGAAAGGGCCUGAUCAAGAAGUUCAAGUGCUCUCCUGAUGCUUAUGUUCAGAUGGUUAUCCAACUCGCCUACUACAAGAUGUAUGGCAAGAGUCGACCUACUUAUGAGUCUGCUGCUGUCCGACGUUUCCAACUUGGACGUACCGAGACCUGCCGAACUGUCUCUGACGACUCUGUUGCCUGGGUCAAGUCCAUGUCUGAUUCCUCCAUUGACGACAAGACACGCGUGGACCUCUUCCGCAAAGCCAUCAAUGCCCAUGUGGAAUACAUCACCGCCGCCUCCGAUGGUAAGGGAGUCGAUCGACAUCUCUUCGGUCUUAAGAAGCUUCUCGAACCCGGCCAAGAGGUCCCUGCCAUCUACCAGGAUCCCGCAUACAGCUACUCCAGCUCAUGGCACUUGUCCACCUCUCAGCUUAGCUCAGAGUUCUUCAACGGUUACGGUUGGAGCCAGGUCAUUGAUGCUGGUUUUGGUAUUGCAUACAUGAUCAACGAGAACAGUCUCAACUUCAAUGUCGUUUCCAAGGGUCUGGGCAGCGACCGCAUGAGCUACUACCUCAACGAAGCAGCUAACGAUAUGCGCGAGCUGCUCACGCCUACUCUGGAGCCCCCCAAGGCUAAACUGUAA